CCGCAGUCCUCAUCAGCUUCCUCCCAUCCUCCUCUUGCUUCUACGCCACACUCUCGCAGUAAUGGCCGUGCUGUUCGUGUUGGGGCUUUGCGCCCUGGUGGCCGUCGCCGCUGCUGGUAAUUUGUACCAGGACUUCGACGUCACCUGGGGCGAUGGCCGCGCCAAGAUCCUCAACAAUGGCCAGCUCCUCACCCUCUCCCUCGACAAGACCUCUGGCUCCGGCUUCCAGUCCAAGAACGAGUACCUGUUCGGCAAGAUCGACAUGCAGAUCAAGCUCGUCCCCGGUAACUCUGCCGGCACCGUCACCGCCUACUACCUGUCUUCUCAGGGACCGACUCAUGACGAGAUCGACUUCGAGUUCCUCGGCAACCUCAGCGGCGACCCUUACACUCUGCACACCAAUGUGUUCACCCAGGGGAAGGGGAACAGGGAGAUGCAGUUCAAGCUCUGGUUCGAUCCCACCGAGGAUUUCCACACCUACUCCAUCCUGUGGAACCCGAGACACGUCAUCUUCAUGGUCGACGGCACUCCCAUCAGAUACUUCAAGAACCUGGAAUCGAGGGGCAUCGCCUUCCCCAAGAACCAACCCAUGAGGAUCUACUCCAGCCUAUGGAACGCCGACGACUGGGCGACCAGGGGCGGGCUGGUGAAGACGGACUGGAGCAAGGCACCCUUCGUCGCCUCCUACAGGAACUUCAACGCCGACGCCUGCGUCCGGGGAAGCUCCAAGUGCGGCGGCUCCACCAAGAGCGGGUGGUGGAACCAGGAGCUCGACUUGACCAGCCAGGGGAGGAUGAGAUGGGUUCAGAAGAACUACAUGAUCUACAACUACUGCAACGACGCCAAGCGGUUUCCUCAGGGCCUGCCGCCGGAGUGCGCCAUUGCCUGAAUGAGGGAAGCAGAUUAAAAUAAGAUGAUUCUUUAUUCAUUGUUGUCCUAUAAAUACUGGUGUUCGUGUAAUAAUAAUCCAUGUUCUCAGUGUAGAAGCCAUGGCAUCAUCUGAACCUGCGCAAACCAUGUUCUCAGGGUUUGUGAAUCGGAUUCAGUUGGCUUGGUCUUCGAGGAGAACUUAUGUUUGCUAUGUUUAAGGAGGAUACGAUCUUUACGAACACUUCUGAUCACCAUCAAAACCACAACUGUGUUUCUGUUUUCA